AAUUUUGUGUGCCGAUUAAAUGUAACAAAUUAGGAUAACCAUUAUUGCUAUUGUUGUUGUUGUUGUUGUUCACCCAUUUAUUACCUUAAAUGGACUAGACUGGUUUGAUGCGUGUGGCCGCUGAGACACUGGCGCCCGGCCAUCUUGGUGGAAAUGUAAACAUUGCAGGGGACGAGUGGCAGCUUUGACUCGGUACAUUGCCUCUACAUUCCGAAUUUACUGUGGUGUGCCUGCAGUUUAACUUGAAUUUUACCAACAUAGUUCAAUGUUGCACCAUUAUUGGAUCAUGAGACCGAUCAAAUAUUAGCCAGCAGACCUGUUCAUCCGUCCCACGGCCAAGAUGUGAAACUUUAUAGCCACCUAUAUAUAACUUCAGUCCUUUGAGAAGAGGUAGGCGGCGAUGAAAGUGAAAAAUGUGCAGGCAAAUCGCGUCAUUGUUUUGGCAAGGUGCCGUGACUCAUGGUGGAGGCUGUGGCUGCACGUCCCCUGCUGAACCAAGGCACCCACAAAGACGACAACGAAGACGACGACAAGGACGACGAUCUUUGCUCAAUAAAAGCGACGUUUGCUAUCUGAUAUGGAACACUUUCAUCGAGGUGACGGUUGGCCUCCUUAGCCUCACCGUUGCUUCAGGAGGGAUGUCACCACUACCUGCACAAAGAGUACAGCAAGACAACAUGGAGGCAGCGGUGGGUGGUGUGGUGUCGAUGGUGAUGCAAGGGCUGGGCGAGUGUCGCCUGCUGCUGGUCACAUCCACGCCAGUGACUGACAUGCUCUCUCAUGUCCUUAGUGAGCUGCGUGACGGAGGGAGCGGCGGGGUGGUCGUGAUGGAGGACACGUCGUCUCUCUCCACCUCUCUGAUUGUGCCCAGGCUGACCCGUGAUGGAGGCGCCGCUUGCUGGACCUUGGUCUUUUUCCUGGCUGAGGUGCCUGAUACUAAUGAUAUCUUGAACAAUAAACGUGAAGGCAGCAAUAACACUAGUGGCACUGACGGUCAUAAUGAGGGAGGGAGGAAAGAUAUUAACGCCAGUUUCAAGAAUAGCAACCAAGGCAUAAAAAGAUUCUUGGAAAAGUCGGGUUUGUGGAUAUUACCUGAGACUCGUGUGCUCGUGGUGGGCUGGGACACGUCCGGGACUCUUCUCCUGCAGCAUCCAAGCCUCCGCAACAUAAGGCACCUCUUCCUGCUGCUACUCUUACCUGCAGAUAAAGGCCGGACAAUGGAAUUAUACCGCCGUUGCUUGUUUUGUCCAACGAGGGAGCGAAGAACUGAGUUACUCCUGCGCGAGAAGGCAACACUACAGCUGCACGUGAAACAGCGUCUACUCCUUGGGCGCCUGGUGAACCUCUGGGGAUCUCUUUUGACGGUAAUAACGAUGGAUUAUUUUCCCCACGUGGACUACCACCGGAGUCCAAACCAUCAGCCCGGGGGCAAGGUGCUGCCCAAAGACUGCCUCGAUUUCCGCAUGGUGGACGCCAUCGCCAGUCACCUUAACUUCUCGUAUGUGGUGAGAGAGCCUCCAGACGGACAGUGGGGCGUGAGGGACGAUUCCGGCCAUUUCACCGGCAUUGUAGGAAGUCUGGAGCGAGAGGAGGGUGACCUGUCCAUGGUGCUGACCCCGACUCCAGAUCGCCUCGAAGUCAUGGACCAUUCCAGAAUCUACGGCGAAGGAGCCUUUGUAAUAAUUUCGCUCAAGCCUCGACCCGCUACCCAGCACUGGGCUUUUGUGAAGUCAUUCAGAGAUGAAUUGUGGCUGACACUACUGAGCAUGGUGGUAGUGUGGGGCGUGCUGCUGUGGGCGAUGCUCAAGGCGUGGACCUGGAUAAGGAGGGACAGAGAGGUGAGAUGGAGCAGUCUAACCUCAGCCAUCUUGUACGGGUUUGGUGCCCUGCUGGAGGAUCCGCCCCACCCUCCACCAACCAACCUUUCUGCUCAGGUUAUGGUGGGAUGGUGGUGGGUGUUGUGCAUCAUAAUCACCACGGCAUAUCGCUCCUCGCUCAUCUCUCACCUCACCGUGCCUGGCAUCUCGCGCCCCGUCAACACCUUCGAUGACCUGCUGGAGCUCGAAGGCUGGUCCUGGAGCGCCGAGAUAGGCCUGCUUAACAUGGCAGACAGGGACUUCUUCCUAGGCAGCCCGAGUCCCGUGGUGAGGGAGGUGUACCGUCUGAUGGAGUUCUACACCCUGGAGGACGCCCUGCAGAAAGUAUUGAAGGGUCGACACUCGUUUAUUACCUGGAAAAAUUACAUUGACGUAAGGAUCGCCUCUCGUUAUAGCGACGCGAGGGGCAUCACGCCACUCUACGUCUCCAAUAAGCGGUACCCGAUAUUUGGAGGGUACUCCUGGGGCUUCAGGCGAGGCGCUCCCUUUCUGGAUGCCAUCAAGAGGCUGAAGCAGUGCCUGCUGGAGUCAGGUAUCCUUACUUACUGGUUGAGUGAUGUCAUAAAGCAGCGCGUCAGAGAAACCCGGAAGAAUUCUCAGGAAGGCCAGGAUGCGUCUGUCACACAAGCAUUACUACCCAAUUUGGGUAGCGGCGAAGUGGUGCUGGGACUUAGUCAUCUGCAGGGAGUUUUCUAUUUCUUGUUUGCAGGCUUUGUAGUCUCUCUGAUUACUUUGAUGUGCGAACAAGCCUUCACUCAUACCAACACCACACGUGAAGUGGCUGCCAUAACAAAAGGUUGAUGGAAAUGGGCAAAUAAAAAUACGCACAAU